ACUGUUAUUAUCUGUUACACAGCGGACUGCUAUCUACCAUGUCACCAUGGCCUGUGUGUCACUACUAACGUGUGUGACUGUGAUGACGGCUGGGAGGGGGAGCAGUGCGACGAAGAUGUAGAUGAGUGUUGGUACAUGUCGGACCUCUGUAACCCGGACAUCAGUGAGUGUGAGAACGAACCAGGCUCCUACAACUGUCGCUGCAAUGACGGGUACUUCAGUGUGAACAGGACUUACUGCACAGAUGUGGAGGACGUUGAUGAAUGUGCGACCGACAAUGGCGGCUGUGAGCAGAACUGCGUCAACUCACUAAUGUCCUACCAGUGUACAUGCAACAGCGGAUUCAACCUAGCAGCGGACGGACAUACUUGCAACAACAUCAACGAGUGCCUGGUGGACCUGGGUGGAUGUGAGCAGAAGUGCAGGGACACUGUUGGAAGUUUCGAAUGUUCCUGUUACCCCAGGCACCGCCUUGUCAGUGGAACUGAGUGUCGUGAGAAUGACAUGUAUCCGUAUGGUGACGAAAUUGGUGAAAAACACAAAGUUUGGGACUACAAGCAAUGUCUGAAAGUGCCAACACCUCCAGAAGGCUUCCGUUUCUUUACCGAGCGUUUCUUCAACAUGUGGAUUUGUGACAACGGCCUCCUGUCCUUCAGGAACAUCGCCAGACCGAACUCCCCCGCGCGCCUGUCCGAGUCCGUGUGGCUGAAGAGGGCAGUCCUGGUGCCGUACCUCGCGCGGUCCGACCCCGCUGUCUUCAGCAGCCUUCCCGAGAAGGACCGGACCAAGGUUUACUACAGCAUCCACCGUGUGGGGGACGGAAACAGCCACACGGGAAGCAUACUGGACAGGGCAAGUCAAGAUGGCAGGAGCACGCCGCGAUACUUCCAACCAGACUACCAGGCUGUGUGGGCCAUGGUGAUCACCUGGGCCAACCUUCCACCCAGUCUGGCUGCCUUCAGAGGAGAGAGGCCGGUCCCGCUGGAAGUCAUGAGGAGAAACACCUUCCAACUGGUCAUCUCUACUGAUGGGUGUCAGUCAUUCGCCACGUUUGUCUACCCGGCAUUGAAACAGGAAUGGUACACAGAAGCUGAAGCUAGGAUUGCUAGAACAAACAGAAGGGGCAAAAUUAAAGCAUCAGAGAUACUCAACCCAGCCGUCGCCGGCUACAGUGCAGGAAACGGGAACAAAGAUCAGCAAGAGGAGAUUGGAUAUGGGGCCAAGAUGAAGACUCUUUUCCGCAUGCCGAGUGCAUAUGCGGGGAACUUCAAAUUCGCCCUGCAGGAAGCCGGGUCCGCCUGUCCGAGUCCGGCGGUGGCGGAGUGUUCGGCCUGGCUUCGGCUCAACCCGAUCAUUCCCGAAACGCUCCCGGGUUACGAUCUCCUGCCCGUCCCCGGGUCGUGUCCGUGCACAGCUGAACAGGCGUACUUUGACAGAAGCUACAGCUUCUCCGUAAAGAACUCCAGGUCCUGCGCCACAAGCCGUAUCAAGCUUCGCUCGUACGUGGGUUCGCGGGUGUACCGGAUGUGGCGGACAUGUUGUUACCAGCCCAGCUACUGGUACCAUUAUAUCGCGUACUACAGCUACCUGCGGCCGGGAUGGAGACAUGCGCAGGCGUGGAGGAUCGGCGGGGGGUCCCUCAUCUCCGGACAACUGGGCGGGAACCUUGUGGUGGGGAAUGCGGCUCUGGACGAGGUAGGACGGCAGAGCUGCUGCGAGGGCUCCUCCAGCUAUCACUGUAACCUGUUCAGGGAGCGCCGCCCGCUGUCUGUACCAACCUGCGCCGCCAGCUGUACACAGUAUGACGUUACCUCUGCUCUCUCCUGGUCCAGAUACGACCCCCAUAUCCGAACGUUGGACGGCAGAGAGUACACCUUUAACGGUCUGGGAGAGUACGUCCUCCUGGAUGCCAACGGCGAGUACCAGUUUCAGGGGCGGACUGCGCAUGCACCAGGAACCAGUCACGCGACCAGUUUUUCAGCCAUCGCGGCCUGGCAGCGUGACCAUCCACCCGUCCAGAUAAAUCUCGUUGGUGAAGUCGGACUGCAGAUCUAUAUGAACGGCACUGUAGUGGACAAUUUUCCCUUCGAGAACGACACCUACGAGUUCGAGGAUGACGACACCGUCGCAGUGUAUCCAGACCCCCACGAACCAUCCUUGUUGAUAUUCUACAACAACGCACUGUCUGUUAAAGUGACAGCAAAGAUGUCGAUGCUGCACUUCGAGUUUUCCGUACCAGAGCAGUACAAAUCGGCUACAAAGGGAUUGUUUGGCAACUGGGACGGAGAUGCAGAGAACGACUUAGUGGCGUCUGACGGCACCCUUCUGCCGGCGGAUGCGAGUGAAAGACAGAUUUAUGAAGAGUUCGGAGAGACAUGGAAAGUCACGGAAGUAGAUGGACCGAAGAAAACCAGGUUUACAUACGGACCUGCGGAAAACAUCGACAGCUUCAGAAACGAAUCCUACGUACCUCAUUUUACUGACAUGUACAACGCUUCCCAAGAUCCGAUGUACGCUACUGCUACUGAAAUCUGCGGCAGUAGGACGGACUGUAUAUUCGACACCCUCCAAACCCGGGAUACGUCUGUUGGAGAGGCGGCGAUUCAAACGCAGCAGAGCUUCGACCAGGAAGUCUUUAGCAGAGAGCAAUUUCCACCGACCGUAGAUGGCCCUGAAAGGGUAGUCGCUACUGUUGGAGAGCUUCUGGAGUUCUCAGUAAGUGCAACCGACCGCAGGGGGGCUCAAACCCGCAGAACAUCCAGUACAAAUCGGAUGACAUUCGAGCUGGGGCAGGAUGCACCACCUGAUGCUAAUUUCGUCACUGAUGGUGACACAGCAACCUUCUCAUGGAACGUGUCCUCUACGGAACCGUUCAGUUUACAGCUUGACGUGACCAAUGAGAAUAACGCCAGCGCGCAGUUUUGGCCGACUGUCUACCUGUGCGCGUGCCAACAUGGCGGCUUCUGUGAACAGAAUACGGAUGAAGAAGGGAACUUCACGACUCAGAGCAAUGGAACUACAAAGUUCGAGGAGUUGCAAUGCACGUGUGCUAUCGGGUACACAGGGGAAAACUGCGAGAGUGAACUGGACGCGUGUUCGGAGAACUUCAACCCCUGCUUCGCGGGAGUGACUUGCACGGAUCUCCCUCCCCCGGACGGCAUGGACGGGUACGUUUGUGGGGACUGCCCGACAGGGUUUGUAGGAGAUGGACAGAACUGUACAGACAUCGACGAAUGCCUUACCGAAGAAGGCUCGGUAUGCCACCAUUUCUGUGUGAACAUCCUCGGCAACUUCAGCUGUGGGUGCAACGAAGGCUUCUCCCUAGCUGAAGACCUGACUACCUGUAAAGAUGUGGACGAAUGUGUGUUUUCAAACAACUGCAGCCAACUGUGCAUCAACACCGAUGGUUCAUACCGCUGUGACUGUUGGGAUGGGUUUACCAUGUCACCUGAUGAACAAGACUGCGAAGCUACAAAUCCCUGCACGUUAAGUAACGACCCUGGCUGCGCUCCUGAGACAAGUUGGUGUUUAGUGAACACCAGCGGUGCUGCUGCGUGCGUGUGUUUCAAGGGGCUCCAGUUGACGGCAGAUGGCGUCACUUGUGAAGACGUGGACGAAUGUUUAAGUGGAGACAACCACUGUAACCAGCUGUGUAAUAAUACUCUGGGAGGUUACCAGUGCUAUUGUGAGGAAGGAUAUGAGCUAACUGAAAGUCUGGUCCAACCGUGCGAAGAUCUCGACGAGUGUUUCGAUGGCACUCAUAAUUGCUCUACGGAUGAAGAGUGCGUCAACCUGGCCGGAGGAUACAUGUGUGUCUGCCCGGCUGGGACCGAGCGGCAUGCGGGUCGCUGUGUUGAAGUAGUUUCUUCAACCGUCCAUGGGAACACGCUUACGACGACGGAAGAGGAUCCAAGUUUAUCUACUGCGUCCAUGGAAAUCCUUCAAACACCGCAAACGGGCAAGAUGGCAACGUCAACAACAAAAACAACAAAAGCAACAACAAUGAUUAGUUCGUCUCCGGUGUCAAACACAGAAGGUCCCAUGUCGACUACGCCAUCAAUGGCAAAUCAAGGCUCCCAACCGACCGACGUGGGGACAUUGGAGGAAAACACACUGGUGCUGAAGUUGGAUAUUUCCAAGGACGAGUUGACGGAAAGCCGGCUGCGAAGCUUCAAGCGAGCCGUGGCCUCGGAGAUGUCGGCUUUCUGCGACAGACACGUCGAAGAGGUACCUUCGUGUAGGCUCAAACAACGGAGGGGCUCGCGUAUCACAGUCGCAGUUUUUACGGAGUCGUCGGUGCAUAUCCCACCUGGAUUUCCCGACGAAGUGGGUCGGUACGUUUUCCUGGGUUUCUUCGUGGCCGUGGACACGGCAGUGCCCCUCUCAGUCCUCCGCAGUGUAGUGGACACCUCCCUCCGAACCAUCCAAGAAUCUCUGGCCUCGAAACACGUGAUUGUGGACAUCAUGUCGUACAAAGAAUAUAUCGACAUUAAAGAAACAGCUACUGGCACACCCGAAACAGAAACGAAGGAAAAGUUCCCGCUCGUGCAGGUGGUUGCCGGGAGUGUGGCGGGAGUAGUUGCACUGGCUGCCGUCACCAUCACAACAGCCGUCUGCUGUAAAAAAAGCAGCGUUCGUCGCAGUGCUCCUGCAAGCAUCUAUGGCGUGAGCGCUCCUCAGCCGUCGACGUACCGAAGCAAAUCUGAUAGUUUCUCACCCAAGGCCUGGGGGGUGGACUCUCCAUUUACGGUCAACGACGACGGGGUGUAACUAUAAUGAUAGUAAAACAUUGUCCCUUACAAUUUCUGCUAUAAAGCACUGCAAUCUGUCGUCCAGCAUUCAGUACUACGGGGUUGAUAGUCAUUACAAGCUUCUAUGGUCAAACUUGGUCUAAUCAGAGGCAGUUAGUGUUGUUUGCAUGAAGAUAUAAUUUAAAACCCCAAUGGAAGUCGGAUAGUCCACAGAAUCCUUUGGAGCGAAAUGGACCAUUGUCUUUAGUAUCACCCAUUCACAAGUUUUCACAAAUUAUUAGGUAUAUGUUCAGGUCCGGACCUGGACCUGAUCCUCUGGACCUGUACCGUACCUGUACCUGGAUUUUCAGUACGGGUACCCACCCCUAGUCCCGAAUAAUAGACACUCGAAAGAUGAUAGAUCAUCAUCAUGAGCUGCAUCAAAAUACUAGUAUCUCAAACGUUGCUUAAAUGUAUACUCUAGUAUUUCAAACCGAAAGGAU